UUAGAUAAGAACUUUAUAAUGCUAUGUCGUAGAGUUUAACACGAGAGAUAACACUAAUGUUUCAUGUUUGAUUACGGGAAUAUGUCACUUUCAAAAUAUUUAACAGAGUACUUUUCAGAUGAAGAAAGUGGGGCGAUAAGCGAUUCUGAAGAAGAAGGACAAGCAGAUGCCAAGCCGAAGCCGAAAGACUGGCGUCCAUCAACAUUCUUAUCUUUGGACUUUUCGGUUCACCUUUCGGUGUCUCUAUCAAACGUAACUCCAUAUCGAGCGAUAAGGUUUGACACGGUUGAUACGAAUCAUGACGAUUGCUAUAAUGUCACAACAGGGCGAUUUACUGCACCGCUAAAAGGAUUGUAUGUUUUCUUUGCCACAAUAACUACCACCGAAAGACUUAAAGCAACGCUAUGUUUUAUUCAUAAGUUCCACCCUGUGGACCAAUCGAAAGUUAAGGAAAGGGAGCAACUAAUAGAGGGGUUUAACAGCAAAACUCUAGCUGUGGUGCUGACACUUGAUAAAGAGGACGACGUUUGGGUUCUAAAUGUUUCCAAGGUGUCAGAUGUCAGCCAAAUGCAAGAACCUUACUACACAUCUUUCUCGGGUGGUUUAGUUGACAAACUUACUUCAGACUGACUGUCAUCAGUUGAUUUUUGUGUAAAAUUAUUUAUGUUGUCAAUUAUGCACGAAGUUGAUAAUGUUUAAAAGGGACUCCACUGAGGUUUUUGACAUUAAGGAACUAGAAAUAAUUUUUCGAGAUUUAUGGUCCAUGGAUGAAGGCCUGGCACAAUUACCUGUGUGCAAAAAUUCAGAUCAUUCGCUCACACCUUUUUUUUUAAAGUUAGUUAAAUUGUGUAAAAUGGCGCAAAAAUUGAAAAACAUUCCUUCGCGUUUCAUUCAAAUCGGGCUAAGAAUAGUACAAAAAUACGAUUUUUAUUUACAUUUAAUUUUUAAUUACAUUUUACGAGUACAGUUGUUAGUUAUCUUUUACAUAUUUGUCUGUUUUAAAUGCCCCAACAAAUUAUAAUUUUAUGGGUUGUUUUAGAUGUAGACCUCAGCGGAGUUCCUCUAAGGACGUUUUAUAUGGAAACAUUCAGUGCAUAGCCUCCUGUGUUGUUUUAAAGAUUUAUUAAUUAAGGAUUUUCAUUAUCGUGAAAAUUAUAAUCAUUACACUAUUUAAGGAACUUAAGUGAAGUUUUUAGACUUGAAAUAAUUUCUUCGAGAUUUAUGUUUCUUUUGGUGUAAGUCUUUACCAAUAACUGUUGUGCAAACAUUCCGAUUAUUCACUCACUCCGUUUUUUUCGCGUUGCAAUUCUUUUCACUCUAAUUGGGAUACGAAUAGCACAAAGUAUGAUUAUAUGAGUAUAUUUCUUUCCAUGCUUUUAUGCUUUUUUACCUGAGUGGAGUUCCUUUUAAACGUUGAAACAGUUAAAAGUAUGGUUAUUAUCAAGCGAUGCUUACCUGGUUAUUAUGGUCAAUAUUUUAGUCUGAACUUGACGCUAAAUAAUUUAUAAUAAUUAUUUAUAUUUCGAAUGUAAAUAGUUGAUAUCCAUAGAAGAAAAAUUAAGUCAAUUUUGCUUAAAUUAUUGCCACGGUUCAGCACUUUCACCUUUCAGGGGAGAAGAUUGUAAGCGGCCGGAUAGCUCAGUCGGUUCCUAACAACGGUGUCCGAGGGUCCUGCUGCACAUAUUUCCCACCGGUUACAUUAUGAUUGUUAAUAUGUAUGAUUUGAAAAUGCUCACUGAUGUAUAAUCAUUAACAAAUCCAAAUAAAUAUCAACAGGUAGA